GCAGGAUCAGCCGGAUGGGCCAAUCAGCGAGGAGAGAAUCGGGUUGCUAUGGCGGCCGUGGGGACGUGGGCUUUUUCUCUGGCGGCGGUGGAGAGGGUGAGACGGCUGAUGGCGGCGGGGAGUGGAGCCACUCAUUGUGUCCAGGAGGCCAUGGCAGAACUAGAGAAUGACAAAGAGACAGGCUGCUUUGUGGUGGGUCGUGGGGGCUUCCCAAACAAAGCUGGAGUUGUUCAGUGUGAUGCUGCAAUCAUGGAAGGGCUACCUGGCCGUUUUGGAGCUGUAGCAGCCUUGCCCGGUGUUGGUAUCCCAUUGACAGUGGCUCGUAUGGUGAUGGAUAAGAAUACACAUAACAUGCUAGUUGGAGAAGGAGCAGCAGCCUUCGCCAAAGAACAGGGAUUCAGUAUUGAAGACAACAGUGACAUGAUGUCUGAGGCAGGCUUGGAUGCCUAUGAGGAAUUUUUAGAAAAUCGGAAGAGUACUUCCAAAAAUCAUGACACUUUAGGUUUGAUUGUUUUGGAUCAUCUGGGCAAUAUAACUGUAGGUGUAUCUACUUCUGGAGCUCCAUUCAAAGAUCCUGGGCGUGUUGGUGACUCGCCUUUGCCUGGAUGUGGACUGUAUGCAGACAAUCGGGCAGGAGCUGCUGCUGGAGCCACUGGUGACGGCGAUAAAAUCAUGUGCUUCUGCCCUAGUUUCCAUGUAGUUCAACUCAUGAAACAGGGGCUUUCUCCUGCAGAUGCGUGUCAGUCUGUAAUUCAGGAUAUUUGCCACAGGGUAGGAAAGAAAGACAUCUUUGAAAUUGGGCUCAUUGCUUUGAAUAUGAAGGGUGAAAUUGGAGCAGCUUCAACUGUAUCUUUUCCGUAUACGUUCUGGGGUUAUGGAAUGGAAGCAGCAGAGCAGAGACAGAGCAACCCUCAUACACACAUUGAUUAAUAUCAUUGCAAUGAUUAAAAAACCUAUAAUUGUUACAAAA